AUGUCACUCGCGGUGGAAAGCACUGCGGAUGGGCAGGAGAUCAUGGUGCUGCGGAACAGGGAGGGUUGGAUGGCCAAGGUCUACUUCUACGGCGCGCACGUGACGUCGUGGCAGAGCCCAGAGGGCCACGAGCAACUGUACCUCUCGCCGCAGGCCAAGCUGGACGGCAGCAAGGCCAUUCGAGGCGGAAUACCCAUCUGCUUUCCCCAAUUCAGCGAUAUGGGGCCCUGCAAGACCUCGCACGGGUUCGCGCGGACGUCGUUCUUCAAGCACGUCGACGACGGCGUGCAGGCGCCCGAGGGCGCCGCGCGGGCCGCGCUGGAGCUCGCCCCGUCGACUGUUGAGGCGGCGGGACAAGGCUUCCAGGGUCACUUCCGCCUGCGCGUGAUCGUGCUGCUCGACAAGGGCACGCUGUCGGUGCGGCUGAACGUGCACAAUCUCGGCACGCAGGCCAUGACGUUCGGCGCGUGCCUGCACACGUACCUGACGUCAGGGCCCAUCGGCGCUGCGGCGGUGUCAGGCCUCGAGGGGGGGGAGUACAUGGACAACCUGAACGCGCGCGCCGUCGCGAAGCAGUCCGGGGAGAUCAAGUUCGACCGCGAGGUGGACCGGAUCUUCCUGGGCGCCGCGAAGGCCGUCGUGCUGCGGCGCGGGGGCCUCCCGGACGUGUCGGUCGCGCACGACCUGCCCGACCUGGUGGUGUGGAACCCCUGGGUACAAAAAACAAAGAGCAUGGGGGACUUGCCGGACGACGCGUACAACCACUUCGUGUGCGUCGAGCCGGCGAUCGCAGGGAGCGGGUCGGUGACGAUUCCCGGGCGCGGGGACUGGGAGGGCGGCCAGCUGAUCUCUUUGCUGCCAUAG